GUAAAACUUCGUAACGCCAUUGGAUCAUCAAGCUCUCAGCGAGACCUUCACCCCGCCUCCGUUCAGAUUGACUCACCGCGCACAGCCUGGAGACAGAUCUCUGCUUUUUCGUAAUGCAAGGCGCCCAUUGUGGAUUAUCCCAGCCCACCAUCUCCCUGCUGCGCGGAGCGCAAACCCGAGCCCACCGAAGACGGAGAGCCAGUUCCCGCCGCGAUCGAUGAUUCCGCACCCUGCAUCGCAGCUGAGGGCGAGUCCCAUCCAUCCCUCCUUUGUCUCCUUCGUCUCCGAUGGUCCCGGCCAGCUCCGCUCCUCCAGAGCACCCUCCAGUGCCCGCUCCCAUUCCUGAGUUCAGCCUUGGAAGCCCGGAGGCUCAUAAAUGCCUGCCCUCCCACCCGCUCCUGCCUCCUCCACCGCUGUCGUCUGGCAGCCCCUCCGCUUGCCCUCAGCCCCCUAUCUGUACGGUGCGAGCCCCACGGGACUGCCAUCCUCCAGCGUCGCCGGGGCUGGAGUAUCCCUCACCUCCGCCUCCAGCCUCCGAGGACCGGACUCCGCCUUGGCCAGUAGACCCAGCGGCUCCACCUCGGCUCCUAGCUCCCUCGCCUCCACCGUCACCCGUCGAUCCACCAGCUCCAGGCUCCCUCGUCCCUCCGGCUCCGCUUUGGUCAGGCGUCAACCCGCCAUCACUUCUGGACUCUGCUCCACUGGCUGCGCCUCGUCGCUCCGUCCCACUGGCUCUGUUGGGCUACUUCCUCCAGCCAGCUCCACCUUGGUCCUCAGUCGCUCCGGCUCCGCUGCGGAUCUCCGGAUCUCCGCCUCAGUCGCCAGAGCUCUCGGCUCCACACUGGCCCCCCGGAUCCUCGGCAUCCCCCUGGCUCAUUGGCUCUCCGUCUCCGCCUUGGGCUCCUCCUCCACCUGCUCCACCACCGUUGGUCGGUCCCUUGGAGUCGGCGGCCAUUCCUCCUCCAUGGCUGCUCCCAUUGUGGAUUAUCUCCUUAAAGACUAUUGAACAUUUACCCGUGCCUCCUGCGUGCUUCCUCGACAAUGAUUCUUCCUCUUUGCUCUGCGAUGUAUUUUUAACCGUGUGA